ACCAAGGCUGAGUCCUGCCAAAUUAAAAGUUGUUACUCACUCCCUCGGCCUAGAUUUUUGAGCAUAUCUUAUAGACUAUUCUCUGAUUCAUCGAUAACUUCGCUACGUCAGAUAUUAGAUCCCAUUAGGUAAAUCCUUAAGUGUCUAUCAGCAUGCAGCAUUCCAGUCCACACAUAAAUUCCGCUUCAGGGGAUUCACAUAUUCCAUCUUAUAUGGACAACGCCAAAAGCCUCUCUUCCGUAAUGGCGAGAGCAAAUGAAUCGCCGAGAAGGGCCGCCGAGCUAAGCAGUCGUUCCCGGCUUGCAGAAGACUUGGAACCACUCCUUGGGUACCCUGAUGAGCACCAUUCGCCCUCCUCGGAUGAAAACCCCGCAGCCGAGCCUCUUCGUAAGAGACCCUACGUAGGCGGCUUAGCUAUUAUUGUUCUUUGUCGGCUUUUCAACACCAUAUUUGCCGCUUGCACGAUAGGCAAGGCGAUCAAUGUGAUCGGUGACGGAUGGAACUACUGGAUCAAUAUAUUCCUUUUCGGCAUAUGUUUGGUUAUCCCAGUCUGGAAUAUUUUCGCUCUUACCACAAGUAUUGUUAGCUACCCGUUUUGCUCGAUCUUUGGGCGCAAAAGGGGGGAGUCCGUGAGUGGCUUCAGAGAUAGGCUACGCAUCCGGUUCGCUUGUAAUGAUGCAGUUCUGGGCCUGAUUACUCUGGGCCUGCUCGCCAUCGCGUGUCACGCUAUAAGUUCUCAUUGGGGAGAGCGGUUCGUAGGGCUUAGACCACCUAUUAUAGCGAUGGUGUCGGUCCUCGUUGGUGCGGAGUUCUUUACAGCAAUGAUGCAGCUACAACGAUGAUCCAAUCGUUCAGAUUCUCAACGAUGCUUUGUAUGUACCUGUCUCGGGAGUAGUGAGAUACAUUACAGCAAGGUAUGUCCUUAAGGGAUUGGCUUGUAUAGAUAAUGGAAGUUUAAUGAACGACGUGGGUGAUGCUAUAUAGUAUAGAGACCCUUCCAGCCCGUACCAAGGUUCUGAAAGGUCAUUGAAGAACAGCAUUAGUCAAGCUAACCUGGGAGCACUAUAAAUAAUCAGAUGACAAAUUCGUGUGGCAAGGGAACAAUUAUGAUAGUCCGAGUCACGUUCUCUCGGAUAACAACUAGGAUGGUCAAACUCGGAGUCAGACGCCGAAGGUUAUGUAAUACUACGCACGUUAAGACAAAGCAAUCGAGUUGCAGUAUUCAAAACUCGUGGUUAAAUGAUUGGCUGAUGCAAGACUGAAGUCCAAGCGAAGUAUCAGAACGGCUAAGACACUAGCGCGACCGAGGAUACCUACGUCAGGUAUAGAUGUGCUGCUUCAACGGAAACUCACAUAUUAUGCGUAGGUAGGUACCUACUUAGUUAUAGGUUUUAUAGAGAAAUAUGAAAUAUCCAAGUAGGAUUAGGUUAGCUUCAAUGAGAAAGAC